AUGUUGGAUCCCAAUGCGAUACUCAUAGAAUGUCGAGUCGAGUAUGCCGUUGGUAGUGCCAUUAUUCUAUUGCGGUUCUUCGCAAGAUGGAAGAUUGCAGGAUGGCGAGGUUUUUACUGGGAUGAUUUCUUCGCAUUCUCAUCUUGGGUCUUCUUCACCAUGAUUUAUGCAAUGGUAGAGUUUCUAAAUGUAACUGGAGCUCCGAUAGCAAUGACGCAGGAGCAGCGCGAAGCACUUCCGCCUGCAACGCGAAAGUCCAUGCGAGAAGGUGCAAAGGCGAUGUUUGCCUCUUUUUACUUUCUAAUCUUCCUCGUCUGGAGUCUGAAGGGCUGCAUCAUCAUUCUAUUUCUCCGUUUCACGAGGGACACUCCUCUUUACCGAUAUGUACAAAUAAUUGGAGGUGUGUCAAUUGCAGCAUGCAUCGCUGCCCUUAUUACGCAGACCACGCAUUGCUUGCCAAUGAAAAGGAACUGGCAAAUUCUUCCUGACCCUGGCAAGGAAUGCUCGGCCGGUGUUGUCAUCAACAUUGUCAUUGCAGUAGGCAAUGUUUUGGUUGAUGCAUUGUUGCUUGUAGUGCCUCUGUGGAUGCUCAAAGACUCACACAUCAGACUUUGGCGAAAAAUUCGAAUCGUUUUCCUCCUCUCCCUCGGACUUUUCGUCAUGGGAAUGGCUACAGCUCGCUGUAUCUUGUCAAUUGGAACUUCUGUUCAAGUAGCUCUCGCCUCAGUAUGGGCGCAGCGUGAGGCUAUUGUAUCAAUUUUCGCUGUUAACGCACCAGUUAUAAACGGUCUAUUCAGAGCAGAAACCUGGGCAACGAGAAAACAUACUAGCGAUUACUCAUCAAAGAACUCCCGCACAUAUCCAAACCCGUUACACAAGAAGAAGAAAAGUGGCUUCGAGAUUUACAAAAUGACGGAUUUUGAGACGAAAAUGAGUGACAUGGAGACUACAAGGGCAGAGAGCAUUGUCGAGUUGGUUACCGACCCGCCAGUUGCUUUACCUGUGUCCCAGUGGCGCUGUUCUGUAGAAGCGGCGAGCCAAAAGGGGCACUCAAGACGCGCGGGUUGA